UCAGAAAUUCUCAAGUGAAAAUGUGCCAAGUGGAUAAUUCAAUAGCGUGUAAGGGUGAAUUGAAUGUACAAAUAACAUCAACAUUGUCAUCGGAAUCAUCUUUCUCCGCUCCAGCAUCACUAUUAUCACAGCAAUCAACAGCUCCAAUAAAAGCAUCAUUGUCGUCUUCAUUACUUAUUACUAUAACAACUUCAGGAAUAAAUUGCUCAUUUGGAUUAGCGCUAUGUCGGAUGUGAGCGAGAGCUGGUGAUGACACACUUAGGUGGAAUUAGGGACUCUCCUGCGUUUUAAGAUACUGUAUCCACAAUAUCUAAUGUCACUGGUUUUCUGUAUACUCGAAUCAACGUGAAUCUACUGAGCAGAGCAAGAAGAUAUGGCAGCUGUAAAUUCUGUGCAAAGUGGUGGGCUCCGACUACCCUUGACAGGAUUGGCACCCCCUAGAGUUCUCAUGUGUAGCGCCUCGAUGGGUGCCGAGGGAUCCGUGACACUCCAAUUGCGUGAAGCUGUUCAAGCACCUGACGCAGCAGCUCCACUGGAUGCCGCUCUCACGAUAGGCUAUCCUGAUCCUGAAAUUCUAGCCGAUAUGCUCGGCACUCUGGGCAAUUUGCAAGCAGCAGCAACCAAUACGAACAGCAGUGGUGGUGGCAGCAGCAGCAAAAAUAAUAAUGAGACAUCAACAUCAAACGGCAGCAAUGCAAAUGCGAUGUCAGUGAAAAAGGCCCGACCCAAAACAGCAUCACCAACUCGUCACGGACCGCAGCAGUGCCAGGUAUGCAGCAAAGUGUUUGGGAAUGCCUCCGCCCUGGCUAAGCAUAAAUUAACACAUAGCGACGAGCGAAAGUAUGUGUGUGGGAUGUGCUCGAAGGCCUUCAAGAGGCAGGAUCAUCUAAAUGGCCAUAUGCUGACUCACAGGAAUAAAAAGCCGUACGAGUGCAAAGCCGAAGGCUGCGGAAAGUCCUAUUGUGAUGCCAGAUCUCUAAGGCGACACACAGAGAAUCAUCACAGCUCGCUGGCAAUGACACCAACAACCCCACAUUCAUCAUUGUCAUCCUCAACAGGACCGCCAACUGGGCUGAGCUUGUCACCAGCCACAGCUAGCGGUGAUGCCAGCUCGCCGCACGGAGCCACUUGCAUCCCCUUCAGCUCGGCCAACGACAACAUCAGCUCCAAACCCUCAUCGCCCAGCUCCCCAGCAGGAGUCGGCAAUGAGGGUCUCACACGCCAACAGUUGGAUCUCAUCAGUCAAAUUAUGCAGCAGACGAAACAAGCCAACGCGGGCUUGACAGCCUCAGCUGGACAACGUCAGACAACGCGUCCCAGAACUUGGAACAUGCAGACGCAGCUGCAGCAGACACAGUCGAAAUUGUCACCGAACCCAGAGAAUGCCGCCAACAGCAUCAGCUCAUCCUCCCCACCUGUAGGACCGAAUGUGCCAAAGUUGGAGCAGAAGCCGGUGGAAUGCAAUUUGUGUCAUCGAAAGUUCAAGAAUAUUCCAGCCCUGAAUGGACAUAUGCGCCUUCACGGUGGCUACUUCAAGAAGGAUGCCGAAACGAAGAAAUGUGAUAAGAAGGAGACACCAGGACCACCACUGCAGACAGCCAGUGUGGGUGUAAGAGCGCUCAUUGAGGAGAAGAUUAUUAGCAAACGAAGCAAGGAUCUCAAGGGUGCCUUUGUUGUGCCUGCACCACCUUUAGCCGCGCGUCGUCUCUCCGACACGGAGACUUUCCUGUCUCCCAAAUUGCCAUCUUCCACCACUUCCACUGUUACCUUGCCGACUCUCUGCCAGUCCACCACCACUCUGGCCACCGCCCUCCAGAUUGCCACCAGUGUGGCUUCCACCGUAGCCGGUAAGUCCUCAAAGACCGACGCCAUCAUUAAGUCUUCCCCGGUCGUCGACAGCAAGGACGCCACGCUGAUUGAACUGCUGAAGCGGGGCACGAAGGUGGCCGUGAAGAGAACGAGCUCGGAUCCUGGCACGGCACCGCCGCUGCUACAGGAGAGCGGCUCCUCGAAAGCAACAAAGAGCAGCCCAGUGACACCCACCACCACCCCACCGCUCGCAUUGUCAAUUGGAAACAGCGAGAGCGCCCCGCUGGCUCUGACAAUUUCCCAGGAGGCUCCGGGGGCGAGUGAUGUGUUCACUCUGGCGUACUCCACCGACUCUUCUAGUGGCUUCUUCCACGACAACGAGGUGUACAGUGUGAAUGACACGGCGAUGCUCCUUCAGGCGGUGGAUUCGAUUCAGUUGCUACACGAGAGCAGCGCCAAUGCUGAGCAAAUUGACGAGAUCAGCGCCCUGGGCGAUUAUUCCCUGACGGAGAACACCGCCCUCGCCGGAAACUUUGCCUCGUCGCGCCAAUUGCAAGCGGUGCUCAAUUCACCACUGCCCGAGAGCUUGGCGGAAUUCAGCGCCCUUCAUUCCAAGGACUACAUCCUGUAUGGCAACUCCCCGUCCGCCGUGACCCAGUCGUCUUCGUCGCCACUGCCCUCACCGCUGGCCUAUCCCACCCCACCGGCCAGCCACGAGGCCGUGGCCCAGGCGUCUCCCUUCCUCGACGACAGCCAUCACUUUGCCGACGUGGGUCCCUUUUUUGGGGACGAGAAGAAAUCCACGAGCUUCCUGGAGGACGUGAGCAAGGAGCUGAGCGACAACGAGCGCAUCUUGCAGCUGAAGAAUGAACUCUUCAGCGACAGCAAGUCCGUGCUGGACGAGAAGACGGGAGACAUCUUCAAGGAGGAUCCGGAUGGCGAUCGCUUGCGUGACUUGGCCUUUCUGGAUGAGCCAGACAGCUUCCUGGAGGACACCCAAAAUCCCUCCUCGCCCCUGUCGGCAGCCUUCUUCAGCGCCACCAUGUCCAGCGCUGAGGAGGUGAAGGAGGCGCUCCAGGAGGUGCUGCCCAAUGAGAAUCUCACAGAAGAUACGGCACCGGAGGCAGACGACAUUGAUCUCUACUAUUUGCCAAUGUGCAAUCUUCAGUCACAGAUGAUGCCCAAUUCUGACGAUCCACUCCUCUCGUCGUCUCCCAAAGAUUUCAUCAGUCGACCGCACAAGUUUGAGUUCGGCUUCUGCCCACCGGCUAAGCGUACAAAAGGCAACUCCGGCGAGGAGAGCAUGCAGCCCACCGCAACACCACUAACCGUCCAAACUGAGCAGCCCCUCCCGCCGAAGGACAGCGAGGUCUUCCUCAGCCCCAGCAGCAUCUCCUCCACGUCCACGCCAUCGCCCAAGAUCAUACCCAUUGCGAGCCUGAUGAGCAGGAAGAGACACCACACCGAGCACUAUGCUCGCGUGUACGAGCGCUUUCGCUCGCGCUUGAGGAGUGGCAAUGACCACUUCACGCCGUCACCCAUUCUGAAUCCCAGCAGGAACGCCACGGGGAUUUACUUCUGCCUGGUGAAGGAUGGUCUGCAAGAGGAGGACGACUGUCUCAUGUCCGUCAGCGAUGACCUGGAAUGCUUGCUGGACUCCCCACGGAUAAACAUCGGGAGCGACUUCCAGGCCCAGGUGCCGGAUUUCAUGGUGAAGGAGGAGGACGUGAAGGUGGAGGAGGAGGACACUCAGCUCUGGGAUCCCGUCGUGGGUUCGGAUGAGCGCCAAUUGAGGCGCUACAUUGAGCUGUCCAAGUCAUCCGCUGUGCCGCUGGGCAGUCACUCAGAGGAGAUAGCUCUGAAAACCCUCCUCGACACCCAUGGACAAGUGCACACGGCCAUUCUGGAGCUCCUCCAGUCACCUGCUACGGCGAUACAUAAGCGUUGGACGCCACAGGAGAUCAAACUUUUCCUCAAAGGACUCGAAACUUUCCGCAAGGACUUCUACAGAAUAAGCAAAGAGAUUCCACACAAAUCAACGGGUGAUUGCAUCCAAUUGUACUACUUCUGGAAGAAGCUCUGUGUGGAUUACAAAUUAACACACUUACAGCAAAACAACCAGCGGCGAAUUUCCCACGAAUUGAACAACAACGCUCCACUUGUCUACGGGACUGAUUCACAUCACACCUCAUCCACCCUCUCGCACUCCACCCACACGGAUAUUCGGCCUCACAUCUGCGAGAUGCCAGAUUGCUCAGCUAGCUUCUCGAGCAAAGCCGCUCUCCAUGGCCACACAAAGUUACACUGCAUGGGCAGGAGCGUGACUGUGUCGAGCAGUGCCAGUUCCUCAUCCAGCAGCAGCAGCUCCUCCAUCAAAGACGAUUUUCCCUGCAAGGUGUGCGGCAAAGUUUUCAACAAGGUGAAGAGUCGGAGUGCUCAUAUGAAAUCGCAUCGGCCGCAGGAUUCCGAUUCGAGCAUGGUUUAAGCCUUCACAUGUGAUCGGCUGGCAGGAAAAGUCAAGCAUAGCGACAGAGCAGGCUUAUCUUCAGGAGGAUGCGGAGGAUGUAAAUGGAGAAGAUGGUGUGUAAAUUUAUAAAUCUAUUAAGGAAGAAGAAAUUAAUGACAAUCUAUUUUUAAAAUGAAUACAUUCUGCACUUAAUUCAAUGUAAUACGAGACUUAAAAUUGCCACAAAUGUGCAUAAGUUGUAGGAUUUAGAAGGGUAUUAAACAUCGCAGAGGUGAACAAAAAAAAAGACGAAAGCAUCUUCUCAGCGGAAGCGCGACAUUAGUGAAAGUGAAAAGUUACAAAAGAGGAAAUAAAAGUCAAUAGAUAAAAUUAUUAUUAUUAUUAAAUAGUAGAAGGUGUAUUUUUGUUCAACGCCACAUCAAUAAAUGUAAUAGAAUAUAGUCAGAGAUUCAAAUGGAAAGAAUGAUGAAUUUCUCUCACUCAUUUAUUCUUCAUGAAUAUUGCAAAGGUAAUAGAGAAAUCAUUGAACACUGCAUUUCGAAUUCUUUUGCCGGAAAAGGAAAAAAAAGUAACACGAGAGAAAGACAGAAGCAUAAAUAAAGAUAUUCAGUGUGACAAGAUUUUAAAAAAACGUAGACAGUUUGAAAGAAAAUAUAUUUCUACUUAAACCUUAUAUAAAGGACAUUACAUAUUAGAUACAUAUGCAGAUAAUGGGUAAAUUAAUUACUGUGUAAAUAGUAAUGCAAUUUGAGGUGAAUACUCCUUUUAGACUCAAGAUUUGACCGCCCCCUGACUUUUUUUUGCCCACAAGAGCAUUGAGAAUCUUAGCCGCAAUGAUGAGAUACCGAAGGGGUGCGCAAUGACGAAACGAGAGCUCAAUAUUUAGUUUAAAAAUUAACUUACCAAAGACAAAGAGAUUAGGAAGAGCAUGAGAUGAUCAAGUGUAUUGUGUAAUAAAGGUAAAUAUUAAAAGAAAAUGAUGCCAAAUUUUUACAUAGAAACGAUGAGAGCGCGGUCAAUAAAACUUUUCCAGUAUUAAAAUAGACAAUUUCAUGAAAAUAAUGGUUAUAUCUUAGUGAAUAAGUGUUGAAUCGAUGUCCCUGAAUUUUAUUAUUAAAUUUACUGGUAAAGAGAAUCCACAAUGUGUCUCAGAUGGAAGGGAGACACUGUAAAGGAUUACUUUCACACCAUUCAAGUCAAUACUCUCUCUCUAGACAUUUAUUGAUUGUAAGUAUGACAAGUAUGAAUUACGAUUAUCCUUGACGGUUGUUUUUGUCCUCUGUAAUAGUGCAAUUUUUAGCUCAAUUUUUGCAAAGGCAAUAAUUUAUUGUGAAUCUUUUAGUUAGACAAAAAGAAAAAAUGAGAAGAGAAGUCACAUAUUAGAUUUUACCCUUAAAGCAAUCCAAGAAAUAUUGGUUGACUCAUUUAUUUAUCAUAUCUAUGGAAAGAAUUUAAAUAGACAUAAAGCGAUAGGAUUAAUUUUAUGUUGUUGAUGUCAUACCAAUUGUGCAUGAUUGUGUAUACAAUGAGAAGCAAAAGAUAAGAUGAUUGAAAAAAAUAAUAAUAUACGGUAAAGGAGAAGAAACAUUAUUCAUGGAAACGGCCUGCGAGUAGCAUUUUUGAGUAACAAGAAAUAUCAUAAAUAUAGUGAAAAAAAAGAAUCUCUUAAAAGAUGUAUAGAAAAAAUGUGUGCAAGAUUUUGAAGAAAAAAAAAACAUUUUGUAAAAGACACUAAAUUAUAAUUUACCACUAGUUCUUACCCUAAUUUAUAAUAGGUAACUCAUUUCAUAAGUAUACUUUAAGGCAAAAUAAAUACGUGUACAUGUACAAAGAUUCACUGUACUUUUAUGAAGUUGCAUAUAAGCAUUAUUGGAAGGAGAUAAGGUAAAAUGUGAAAAUAAGGAGAAGGAUGAAAAGCUCACUCAUAAAAUUGUCCAGAAUAUAACAAUAUAAUGGUGGUGAAAAAUACUACACAAAAAGUAUUAUAAACGCUCAUAAGAAGAAAAGAAGAAAACUAUGUGUAUGUAUGUACUAAGGAGUAAGCUAAUAAAGUUGUUGACUAUUUUCUAUAAAACUCUUUAUAAAUAGAUUUAACGAUAUAUAUAUAAAUGAUAUACAUACAUAUAUAUUUAUAAUGUACUGCCUAAUUUGAUAAUCAAAAACAGAUGAAAAAAAACAAGUUUAAGAUGAAGUGUAAGAAAGUGGAAAUUGUAUUUAGUGAGUAUUUGUGUCUAACCGCCAAUUCUACAUGAGUUGCCAAAAACAGACAAGAAGAGAGAGAAAUCAAACUCCAUUCACAAUAUAUUCUUUAACUUAUUUCUCGGAAACAGCCAUCGAAUCGUGUGUAUUUAUGUACAAAGAAUCUAAAUUUCACUCAUGAUUAUGCAAAGUGGGGGAAAAGCGAGCAGCUUUGGAUGCCGCAUUUCUUAUUUAACAGAACAACAACAACAACAACAAUAAAAAACACCUCCUGAAAAGCCACAAUUGACCGCAAUUUGAAGUUCUUGAAUUCUAGCGAUUUCCUCAGUCUUACUAACUAUAAAGUCAGAUCUGGAACUGCUCGACUUUCUCCUCGAAAUCCGAAAGCCAAAAAAAGAAGAGAAAAAAACCCAAAGAAAGAUCUCGGCGCGAAGCUUCUUUUUCUAGUUUCCCCCCUUGAAGAGACUCUUAAAGUUGAGUUGUUUCAUCACAUGAAAACUUUACCUCCUCGAACCUAAGCAAUACUUAAUUGGAAGAAAUGCGAUUCUUUUGUUAUCAGAGAAGAACUUUCUACCCCCUAUUGAUGACGUAAUUCCUUAUCUGUGGUACCUGCGUGCAAUCUCGCGCGGAAAGCGUCAUACUCUGUGUUGUGAUUUUUCAGAGACAUUUGAGAGAGAGAGAAGGAAUGAAAAGGAAGAGCGGAAGGAGACAUUUUGAUGAAAAUUGAAGACCUAAGAUGAAAACUCAAAAAAGGAAUAUUCUGAAAAUAUAAAAAUGAGAAAAAGAAAAAUCUUGCAGUCCUCCAUUAAAAGUAUAUAGGCACGAAAAAUAAUUUUGUACUCUCUGUAAAUGGGUUUUUGUGCUGAUUUUUGUAAUAUGAUAAAUUAUUCUCUUGGAUAAUUAAAGAAAAAAAAAACAUAUAGUGUAUAAUUGAUCGUAUUUGGAUGUUACCUAGUCUUUCUACCUCCUGACAAAAGCAAAAAAAAAAUUGAGAGUGAAGAAAAUAAAUUCGAUAAAACAUGAGAUUAAGAAUUAAGUAAAUAAAGUCUUUAAAAACAUAUCAGUUUUUAGGAAAGUUGAAUGAGAAAAAGCCAAAAUUGUUGUAUUACUGUACCUUCUGACUAGAAUUUGUAGAAUUAUAAAAACAUGAAAAUUGAUGAGAUUGAGAGAGAGAGAGAGAGAAAAGGAAGAAAACUCUCACAGCAUUCUCACAAUGAUUUUUACACUCUUCCUCCCAUCACAAUUAUAUUUUCCUUGGCUUAUCCACAGACUUCCGUAGAGAAAUGUAUCUUUGGCCACAAGAGAUCAAUUCUUGUAGCGCAAGAAUUUCAGCGAAAAAUGUCUAGGCAAAAAAACACACAUACACUAAUAGAUAUAGGUAAAGGACAAUCCUAAUUUUUAUGUACAUACUCAAGACCCCAGAAUAAAAUCUCUCUUUGUAUGACUAUCGAUAGAAAAUAAUAAACAAGAAAGUAUGUAAAGAGAAUAAAUUUAAAGUAUUAAGUGUUAUAUUAAUAAUGGAAAAAAAAUUGUAAUGUUUAUACAAAUAUGUUUGUGGAUUCUUCAGACAAUGUCAUAUAAAGCCCACAUUUUGAGUUUACCGCAUAACUCCGCGCUAUGGAAGCAAACAUAAGAGAAAAAAAAUACAUUUAAAGAAAUCCUAGCAUAUUAUGUGGUAGAGACAAGAGCAAGUGAACAGUAAUUGAAGAUGAGAAUUUUGCAAAAUCACAUAUUUUUGUAUUAAUCAUACGUAAAUGGAAAAAAGCAUGAAAUGCCGUAAAUAGAAACUGUUUUCCGCGAGGAAAAGAAGCCAACACUGCAAAGGACACUUCACAAAUUCCUCCACAGGAUAUGCUAUUCAAACACUUCAUUGAUGGCUUAACACACACGUUGUGAUUUGAAGUUGAGCUGAAUUUUGCUAUAAAAUCACACAAACAACUCCUGGUUUCCGUAUCUCAAUAAGUAUAUAAAGUUUGCUUUCCUGCCAAUUUUUUAAGUCACCACAGAACAUUACAAAUGCAACUACAAAGGAUAAAAACUCGAUAUAAAAGACAAAUCUUCUGCCGUCUGCUGUGCCAAUUACGAAAAGUUAUACUUCAAUAUACAACGAAAGUAUUGUUUAAAAUAUUUUUCUAAUCUUCCCACAGAGAUUUUUGUAGUGACACGCGUGGAAAAGUGUCACUCUGAAGCAUGUUCAUUUUUCUCAUUUGAAGUCGCUUGAGUUGCAAUGAAGGAUAUUUUUUCCAACACUUCAAGUGUUGUCACAUUGACUCCAAAAGAAAAAAAAAAAAACUUUUUAGUGGUUCUAGAAACACACUCUCAAAUUAACAACAAAGAAAUUAACUGACGAACGUCGAAUAGCAUAUCAAAAGAAACAAUAAGUAAAUAUUAAAGAAGUUAUAUCUACGAAAACUUGACACAAGAAGUUACACCCAGUAAAAUAUAACUAAGAAAAAGAAUAAUAAUGUAUGUCUCUAUUUAUUAUAAUUAUUGAACAAAUGGAAAAUUAAUUAGAGGAGAAAUACAAGAGAAAAAAUGGAUACGGUCAAUAAUUACUACACAGGCCUAAUAUUGAAGAGAAAUUUGAUGAUGGAAAGAAAAAUGGACAUUAAUACAUAAUAUUUUCUGAUCAUAGACGGAACUUGAAUGUAAGAGUUGAAGUAAAAAUAUUUAUUGUGUAUUAAAAAAAA